AAGACAUCAUAUCUGACGCAAACCCCAAGAAAUAUGAUGGACGACUGUCUCAUAUCAAACUUGUCGCCGGCUACCCUUCGGUCCGCUCUUCGUCUCCUAGUCUCGCAGGGAGCUUCUACCCAGCAACCGUUCGUCGAGCAUAUACGCGCAAAGUUCUAUGAAAAUCCACCUCGCUUCGACGAGCCAGAGAAACUGUUUCCCGGGGACGAUAUUGUAUCGGAGGCCUGCUUGAAUUAUCUUGCUCAGACUAGAUGCAUCUUUUCGUGCAAGCUAUCUCUAGAGUCAUUCCCUUAGUGAGAACCACCCCCACCCCCUUUUUUUUCCCGCAAUGCAAUCGCACAUUAUCU